AUUUUUGAACCUAUUAUAAACUUUACAACUUCAAAUAAUUUCCUCUCACAAACCACAAACCCAACCACGCACGAAUCUCCAUUGCCUCUCUCUCUAUCGGUACCACCCAUAGUCACGCGCGGCAACGGAGAUUCACGCGCCACCAUGUCCUCUCCACCGACACUCCCCGUUUCCACUUCCCAAUCUAACAUAAACACCACCAACACCUCCUCCCAAUCUCAACCUCCCAUCGCCACUCCCGCCUUCCGCGCCUUCAUAUCUCGCAUCUCCUCCUCCCUCCGCCAAGCCUUCUCCCAGCGCCGCCCGUGGUACGAACUCGUCGACCGUUCCUCAAUCUCACGGCCUGAAACCCUAGCCGAAGCGUAUUCACGGAUCCGCAAGAAUUUCACAUACUUCCGUGUCAAUUACCUAACCCUAAUCGUCUUCGCGCUCGCGAUUUCGCUAAUCACGCAUCCGUUUUCGCUUCUGGUUCUUCUCGGACUCCUCGCGUCGUGGUCGUUUCUCUACCUGUUCCGUCCUUCAGAUCAGCCGCUAGUUCUCUUCGGCCGGACAUUCGCCGAUCGUGAAACCCUAGGGAUUCUCGUUGUUCUUACUAUCUUCGUCGUGUUUCUCACUAGCGUUGGAUCGUUGUUGAUCUCUGCGCUUAUGGUUGGAUUGGCGAUCGUGUGUGCGCACGGUGCGUUUCGUGUGCCGGAAGAUUUGUUUCUUGAUGAUCAAGAGGUGAAUAGUUCGGGAUUCUUGUCGUUCCUUGGCGGCGCUGCCUCGGCCGCUGCUCCGGUUGUUGGACGCGUGUAGACGGCGAGAUCUGUGAUCCGGUGGAGUUUUCUAGUAUAUGAGGUUUGUUCAACGUUUUAUCUUGUAUUAUGCUGAAAUUGAAAUUGUUGCAAAGUUUAUUUUGGCUUUUAGAUCCAAAGCAAAUUGCUUAGGGCUUAUAGAUAUAUGACAUUUUUAUGACAAGAGAUUAUUGUAAUGUGCUAUUAAUUAAUGCAGUUUAGUCAGCAUUUUUGGAUCUAAA